AGAAACUGGACUUUUGAAUUGAAAAAGGUGGAAGUGACAACAUCCAAUGCGGAUUUAUUGAAUAUGAGUGAUUUUCGGGCGGAACGUGUUGGUCGGGGUCAGCAUGCCUUAUAUGGGAAAAUUUAUUUGAAUUUCGAUAUCAAUGAAGAUGAUGGGAAUGAGCUGGAGGUGGAAAUCUAUCGCAGUGCCUCAAAUAUGCAUGAUUUUCGUCCACUACCAUUCCGGAUUUAUCGCACACAUUUAAUUAACAUUUUGAAUACCUUUUAUAAGGAUGCAGCAAUGGAAAAUUUAAAAAAUUGUUCCAAUUUACCACAGUUUGAUGAUGUCUUUGAGCCGCCAUUAAAGCGGGAUAUAUAUUAUUUUGACAAGUGUAUCUUUGAUGAGUCGGGAUUUCCGGAUUUUAUUGUAGAGGGUUACUAUAAGGUACUGGCUCGUGGUCAUGGCCCAGUGGAGUGGACAAUGAUGUUUAUUUCUCUAAUUGAAACUGUAUCGUAA